GCUAUCUUUAGCACCGCCGCGGAUUACAGUGCGCAGUGUGUAGACGGACCCGGCGCUACCUGCUCUGCUCUCACCUUUCCGCUGAAGCUUCCCUCGCAUUGCUAAACAAAAAACAAACAAAUAAACAAAAAAACCGUACAUAAUACACGACGAAAGGUGAUGGGGGAAUGACAACAACACCCGUCCCCGUCUGCGGUUCUCCGUCCCCGAGAAGACCGAAGGAUGCUACUCCUGCUGCCGCUCUCCAACCCGCGGUACGGACGCCAGCGCCGGGCCUCGCUGCUGCUGCUCGCCGCGGUCGUGCUCUGCGUUGUCUCCGUCAGCGCUAGCCUUCCAGCUCACAGCAGGUGCCCCAGCCCUAUAGAAUGUGCCAAACAAAGGCGCCACUUCUGCCAGCGUGGCUCUUCCUACUGUGGACACUGCAUCUCCCCACUGAAGGAGAACGAGGAAGGACACUGUGUGCUGAUGAGGCACCAUCAACAUGGCAAAAUGACAUCCUAUGCUGAUCUGGAUGAAGAAAUCGAUUUCCUUCACUCUGUCAUUGAAAAACAGGAAGUGUCAGAGGUGAAAAUACCAACAAAGCAAUCCAAACAUCCUGCUGCCAUCACCUCCCAAACAGAUGUUAAGAACAGCAAGACAGAUGCCUCCAAACCCCAACAGCAGAAUCAGUUGAGGCUCUUAGCUGAAACCCAGCAGACCACCACCGCAGCCCCACGCCCUGUAGUUACUGCCCUCCCCAGCACCCCGACCCCUCAGCCCAGAGUUACAGGAACCGGAGGCCGAGGUGGGCCAAUAGCUGUGCCAACACCCAAGAACGACAGCAUUAUCAUCGUUAUUAUCUCACUGUGUGUGGUGGUGGGCACCGUGGCACUGAGCAUGGCUACUAUCUGUUACAUCAAGCUGCAGAAGGAAUCACGUCUUGCAGAGAAGGUGGAUUACCCUGCCUUCGGAGGGGUGGGCGUGCCUCCUCCCCCAGCCAGUGGUACUGUGAUGGGAGAUAAAACUCUGGCCCAAAGUGCUCAAAUGUAUCACUAUCAGCAUCAAAAGCAGCAGAUGGUCUCAAUGGGAAACCACAAACCUGAACAGAAAGUCCAUGACAACGAGGUCACAUCAGAUGAAGAAGAAGUGGGAGGAGACUUCACAGUAUACGAGUGCCCCGGACUCGCACCGACUGGCGAGAUGGAAGUGAAGAACCCCCUGUUUGAUGACUCAACUAUACAUUAUCAGGGGAAUCACAAGUGAAUGCUACAUACGCACACACUCACACACACAGAGGCACACAAGCCAUUUCUCCUGUAAGAAACCUCUUGAUCUCACACUGCAUGCAUGGAAAUGAAGGAUUCUGGCAGAGGAUGAGGGGAUAAAAAUGAUUGUUUUCUCGUCCGCCCCUUUACUGUAUCGGCUUUUAACAUGACAAACGUAUGUUGGAUUCCUCGUUAAUUUAUUUCCCUCACUGUUUUGGACCAACCCCAUCUGUUUUUUUUAGUGUAAGAUUCUGAGUCCUACCGGAAACGCCCCUAUAGGUGUUUGUCCUGUUUAAAUGUCAAACGCUAAGUUAAGAUUUUCUCCUAAACCUUUGUUACCGUCCUACAUUUCUGCAGCUAUUUCCAAAGAAUGUGUUACAAUAGCAGAAACAUGUACCACACAGACAGUUAUACAUGAGUUAAACAAAAGUAGGUGCACUCCCUUGUUUCGUCAUGCAAAACUAGUGGCAAAACCACAUUCCUAACACAUGCACAGAAAAUAUCAGAUCCCUGUGAUACCUCUGUAAAGAAAAAAAAAAAAAGCUCCCCAAGACAAAGUUUAGCAUUAAAAAUGUUACCGCUGGUGUUGCUGAUUUUAUUUCUUGUCACAUAAGCUGCACUUAAAGAUUUUAAGAUUAUAGAAUAUAUAGUAGAUAUAUUAAACAUAGAUGAAAAUGAAGUACUCGAUGAUGUCUGUUGCAUGGUUUGAUUGUACUGUGUUUGAAUCAUGGCGAUGCUUUGAUGAAUUAUCCCUCCUCCUGUAUAUAUGCAUCCUGUUGCUGCAGGAGGAAUGUCCAAGUGGCUUCUGAGCACUUGAAAUUUUGGAUUCGGGCUAUACAGAUGGACGUGUAGUUGGUAAAUGUCACUAUCUUGUAUCGUCCCUCUCUCCCAUCUGUCCUCUUAUCGGCCCAAAGUUAACAUUGUGCUGAACAAUGUACAUACAAAGAGUGAUGGUGUUCACUUUUUAUAGAUAUUUGUACAUGCAAACUAAAGAUUGGAAUUAAAACUUUUUACCACAUGUGAAAAAA